AUGGAAGACCCCCAGGCUCUAAUCCAACAGGCCGAGAAGCUCGUAUCGAAGGGCAGCGGUGGCUGGAGCUUCCUUGGAGGCUCAGACGACAAAUUCUGGGACGCUGCUCGAUUAUUCAAGGAGGCAGCCCAGGCGUACGAGCGACAGGGCCAAAAUAUCGAGGCCGGCAAGACAUAUGAACGAGCCGCCGCAGUACGAGAGAAGAACCUCAAGGAACUGGGCGAUGCUGCCGACAGCUACGUCGAGGCCUCCGACGCCUACCGAAGAGAUGAUCCCGAGGCGGCGAUUCGAUGCCGAGAGAGGGCCUUUGCUCUGAUCCAGCAGUCCACCAGCGAGAGCAAGCAGACGAGGCUGUCCAGAGUCAAGGAGAUCCUUGGUCAGAUUUAUGAGCAUGACCUGAAGGACUUGAAGAGGGCGCGCGAGGCCUACAAGGAGGCUGCUGAGCGACUACCGAAGGCGAGAGAACUCAUGAAUACCUGGGAUUAUGAUUUAUUUGAGGGCAAUGUUGCUGUCAAAGAGCUGCGUUUAUGUUCAAGGAAUGCCAACAAGCUAUUCACUCAAUACGCCGAUCUCGCCGCCCUAGACGAGGACUACUACGUCGCCAUCGAGACCUACGACCGCAUCAUCAACUCCAUGAUCGGCAACCAGACCAUGAAAUGGAGUCUCUCUACCUACUGCUUCAAGGCCGGCGUCUGCCACCUCGCCACCGGCGACCUGGUCGGCACCCGCCGCGCCAUCGAGGGCUACCGCCAGAAGGACGUCGAGUUCUCCUCGCAGUACAAGUACAAGCUGAUUGAGGACCUGUGCGGCGCCAUCGAGGCCCACGACCAGGAUCAGUUUGGCGAGAUCCUGUUCCAGUUUGAUCGCACGAGCAGACUGGAACCGUGGAUGACGGCUAUCCUGGUCAAGGUCAAGAAUGCCAUUGAGGCCCCUGAUGAUGAGUUUGCGUAAAGGAGAUUAAGGAAGAAAUGGUAUAUAAAUUUUGAAGUUCAAGGGCAGAAGGAGAGAAAAGAGAAGAGUGUAGCGUUCAAUAAGAGGAAUCACUAAGUAAAGGAAGGGUUUUGGUUUCAUGGGCAACUUGUCUGGCUUCAACUAAUCAGGAUGUACACGUGUUGCUUGUUUAUUUGUUCAUUCGUUCAUUUUCUUGAUUCGUCAUUGCAUAUGCUCGUGGCCAAUUAACCACAAGCCACAAGUCUUCAUUCGACCUAACAAAUCAAAACAGCAGAAAACAAAGACUCUUUUCUUAAUUUAUGGG